AUGGCUGAAAGGAGUCCAUGGAUUGCUCCCCUGUCCCCUUCACAGACUCUCUUCCUCGACAAGCUCUCAUCCGAGAUCCUUGCCUUGAUCGCAAACGAGAUAGGCCAUUCCAGUCACCAGAACUCUCUCUGUAAAGUCAACAAGACUUGCAACACUGCAUGCACUCACGCCCUCUACAGUGGCCGGUUGGUUUUCGUGAACGAACAAUCCUUGAGUCUAUUUACGGACACGAUCCUUUACCAUCGGCCAGAGCUAGCUAACCUUGUAAAAGAUUUGGACAUAGACGGAUUGUUCGAUCUUACAGAUCGUGCUUCAUCGCUCCUAGCGGCUUUAACCAACCUGCGUCACCUAACACUGAUCGCUUCCGGGUUCGAUGCCUGGUCUGCGUACUGCACAUUCUUCCACCCCGUCCCAUUCUUACCAGCCCUGCGUCACUUGGAGAUCUGCUUCUCUUUAGAUGCGCACGUACUUGAUUUUGUGCAGUUGCACUACCUCCGCCUUUCCUCACUCUCAAUACUCUCCACCGUCGACGUCGAUGAUGAAGAUAACACUCCCGCCACCGGCGCAGCUGAGCUCUGCACUCGAUAUUCCCUUCCCUUACCCUUGUCUCAGAUCGCUUGUUCGCCCUUCUUGGCACCGAUAUUUCUUCCCGGAUCUCGCAUUAGCGACGUUGGUUUGUUCUGGCCCACCACAUCGGAAGAUGUCGACGAUGUUGCACCGAUCGCAGUCCAUGCACUCGCCAGCUCGGGCUGUCCAGUACUCACCGUCUCUUAUACGUCUUGGUCGUGGAACCUCAAAUUCAUUGAACUUUCUGCGACCCAGCUUCAACAUAUGGAGUUGUUGUUAAUCGACAAUGUGAUCGAAUCACUCACCAGAGAAGAGAGCUCACCAGACUCUUUCUUCCGUCCGCUUCUCAAUACUUUGGAUGAUACCCUGCCGUUAUUCAAAUCCCUGAAAGCUCUUCAUUUGAUCUGUUUCUAUGAAGACUCAACCCGGACAUUCUAUGACGACUUCAGGAUGGUUCGCAAGUGGGCGUCGCACUGCCCAACCCUCCUGUAUUGUAAAAUUCCUGGAACCAACACAUUAUGGAUCCGACAUCCUUCGUAUCGGUUUUUUGUUCCGCACAUGAAGGGUAGUCGGAUGAAAGCAAACAUUACUAGCCAGUGGGUGCAGGAACUGUUCGCCAAGGAGGGGUUACAAUUGGCAACAUCGUUCCUCCAGCAAUACAAAGAUCUCCGGAAGGACGGUAUAGUGGACGUCGUGGAUGCGCUGUGGAAGAGAGCAUGCAAAUAGAGGUCUACGGACUGGAUUUUCUCUCAGACGAUUCGGUGUACAAGCAUAAUACGUCAGGCAUUCGACUUGUAUGCUACGAGAUACUGUCAGCCCAUUAACCGUCAAGGACCAAUCUCAC